GGGGGGAAGGCACCUUUCUUUAAACACCCGGGGCUCCCCUCAGAGGUGCUCCCCGCCGCCCUUCCCCGGGGCUGGAUGGCGGGGGCGCCGGGCGGCUCUUUGUUUCUGCCGAGUGCGUGUGCGCGUCGCUCGGGCUGCCGGAGUGGGAGGGGAUCCGGCCCGCGCUGCCGUUAACGGGAGGCGCAGGAGCGGGGCCGGCGGGGCGGCAGGCACAGCGGCGCAGGGCCGGACCCUAGCGCUGCGAGCGGCGCUCCCCGGCGCUCCCGCCUCCCCCGGGAGCCGGGCGCUGCCCUCCGGCGGCGCGGCGGAGCAGGUGCCGGCGGCGGCAGCGGGCCGGCAGGAUGGAGGCUGCCUUGCUGAAGCCCGCGAUGAUGGCGGAGGUGAAGGGGAGCGGUGCCGGCUCUGCCGUCAGCGCCGAGCUGGAGGUGAAGAAGCUGCAGGAGCUGGUGCGGAAGCUGGAGAAGCAGAACGAGCAGCUCCGGAGCCGCGCCGCCGCCGCCGCGGUGGCCACCGGCCCGCCCAGCCCGCACCUGCUGCUGGCCCCGCCGCCGGCCCCGGGCGGGCUGCGCCCCGCCAGCCCCCCAGCCGCGGGCCCGCCGUGCCUGCCCAGCCCGGUGCCCACCCUGCUGUGCCCGCCGGAGCCCCUCGCCUACUUCACACCCUCUCCCGGGCCGCCGGCCGCUGGCGGCGGGCAGGAAGGCGGCGGCGGCGGCCCGGGGGCGGCGGCCACGGUGCUGGAUGAGGUGGCGGUGCUGGAGCUGGAGGACGGCUGCGGAGAGGACGAGGAUACAUGGUUGUACGUCUUGCCUACCAAGACUCGCACUCCACGAGAGAAAUCACUGAGUCCUAUGCAGUGGUGCAGACGUGUUCUGGAUCAUCCAACUCCUGAGAUAGAAGCUGCAAAACGUUCCCUAUGCUUUAGACUGGAACAAGGGUACAUUUCUAGGAGUUCCCCUUUGAGUCCACAGUCAUCAAUAGACAGUGAACUGAGCACUUCGGAGCUGGAAGAUGAUUCCAUCUCCAUGGGAUACAAGCUGCAGGACCUCACUGAUGUUCAGAUCAUGGCUCGUCUACAGGAGGAGAGCCUUAGGCAAGAUUAUGCUUCAACUUCAGCAUCUGUGUCAAGGCACACUUCCAAUGUUUCUCUGCAUGCGGGAAAAAAAGGGACAUGCAGUGACCAGGAAUAUGAUCGCUAUAGUCUUGAGGAUGAGGAGGAGUUUGACCACCUUCCACCUCCGCAGCCACGUCUGACUCGCUGCUCCCCCUUCCAGAGAGGGAUUCCUCACUCACAGACUUUCUCCAGUAUCCGGGACUGCAGGAGGAGCCCUACUUCCCCGCAAUUCCCUACAAAUACUUAUCAGCAGCCCUUCUACUCUCCUCAAGCCCAAACUCCAGAGCAGCAACCAAAUAGGAUUAAUGGAGACAAACUCCGCAGAAGCAUGCCUAACCUCGCUCGAAUGCCAAGCACCCCCACCAUUAGCAGUACUUCUGGCUUUGCUGGUUCUCCUGUCACUGUGAGGAAUAGUCAGAGCUUUGACUCCAAUUUGCAUGGAGCUAGUAAUGGGAUUUCAAGGAUGCAGUCCUGUAUUCCAUCACCAGGACAGCUUCAGCACCGAGUUCACAGUGUGGGACAUUUUCCAGUGUCUGUCAGACAGCCUCUCAAAGCUACUGCCUAUGUAAGCCCAACUGUACAAGGGAGUAGUAAUAGUAGCAGUAUUCCAGUGUCCAGCAACUCACAGCUGUAUUCCAACACUGGGAUCCCAAUGCCAAACAAGACUGCUGGGCAAGGCGUUGUAGGGCGCAGUGCUCUUCCAAGACCAUCGCUGGCCGUCAAUGGGAGUGGCAUUCCCAGAAGUAAAAUUGCACAGCCAGUUCGAAGUUUUCUUCAGCCUCCAAAGCCACUGUCGUCGCUGAGCACGAUACGGGAUGGGAACUGGAGAGACGGCUGCUAUUGAUGAAGGAUGCCCUCAACAGUGGAAAACACACAAUGUGGAUUUCAUUACCCAGCUGGCUGGGUAACAGUGAUUUGGAAAAGGAGGGUCAUACAGUAUUAUUUUCCCCAGGAUCUUAAUCUGUAACUAUCUACAAUGCCAUGUCAUUUUUAAAAAAUGAACAUCUUAUCAAAUACUAAAUAUUGCACUUAAUCAGUUGCCUGAACAGCUGCAUUGUUAGCAGACUAACAAUGGCAGUGUUGGCAUUUGGAGCUGAAGAAAGUAUUAUAUGUGUGCAAAAUACAAGAGUAUUUCCCUGGCACGAACUAGGAUAUUUUGCUUUUGGGCAGCUUUGCCGUACUGAAGUUCUGAGAUAAUUUAUUCAGUGUAAAGUCAUCACGCAUUUUAUUUUCAAUUUUGGGGUACUUAUGUAUGUGCUUGAAUUUUUUUCUAGUGCUUUCAGUAUAUUUUAUUUUGUAUACUUAAUUCAUUUAAACUUGCCUGGACCUUGAACUACAGAGAGAUAAUUUAACUUUUUCUGUGCCAUAAAUAAUAUUUUUGGGGUAAUGUACUUUUUUAGCACUAGGAACAUAUCUUAAAAAUCUGACCAUUGGCAAUACAAAGCAGUAUAUUUAUGUUGCAGAAGCACAAAAGAAAAAAGGUAGCAUUCACUGGAAAUUGCUAUCCAGCUGGGUCAGCAUGGUUUUGUUGGUCUACCACCAUUUGUUGAAUUGUUAAUUUAUUGUCAUAGUGUUUUGUAUUUAAAAUGGCAGCAUAAAUCACAUUGCACUUACAAAGGUACAGUGAUCUCUAAAACUACUGUUGAUUUUCAGUACUUUAUUACAAAGAAUAAAAUUGUAAUGUUUUAUUAACAGUUGCUUAUGGAAAAUGAGUUUUAAUGUGAAUAAAUCUUUUGAUAGAUCUUUUACAAAAUCCAAUUGCACUAAUCAAUGCUUUCUUACAAUGGCAUAUGAUUUAAUAUUUGAUUACAACUGUGUAUACUGCUGUUUUGGAAUGUUUCAGGAAAUAAAGAAUCUAUUUCAGCAAUAA